GCCCGCGCGUGAUUGAUGGCGGCGCCGACCAAUAGGAAGGAGCGCGGUGAGGCCAUGCACCAAUGGGGAGCGCGGGGCGGCCCGGUGGGCGGGGCGCGCGCAGCCAUGCUGCUCUGGCUCUGGCGCUGGCUCUGCCUCUGCGUCUGCUGCUGCCCGGCCCGCGGAUUACGCAUCCAUGAAUAUUUGUACUUCCAAGUGCUGAGCCCCGGAGACAUCCGCUACAUCUUCACUGCCACCCCAGCCAAGGAUUUCGGUGGCGUGUUUAACACAAGGUACGACCAGAUCCACCUGGUCCCCGCGGAUCCUCCGGAGGCCUGCGGAGAGCUCAACAAUGGGGUCUUCAUCCAGGACCAGAUCGCCUUGGUGGAGAGGGGGGGCUGCUCCUUCCUGUCCAAGACCCGCGUGAUCCAGGAGCACGGCGGGCGGGCCGUCAUCAUCGCCGACAACGCCUACGACAAUGACAGCUUCUACAUCGAGAUGAUCCAGGACAGCUCCCGGCGCACGGCCGACAUCCCCGCGCUCUUCCUGCUGGGCAGGGACGGGUACAUGAUCAGGCGCUCCCUGGAGCAGCACGGGCUCCCCUGGGCCGUCAUCUCCAUUCCUGUCAACGUCACCAGCAUUCCCACCUACGAGAUGAUGCAGCCCCCCUGGACCUUCUGGUAGCAGCAGGCUGCUCAAGGACUUGCUGGUGCAUCCCAGGACCUUGCCCUAAGGAGCAGCUUUGAGGAGAGGAUCCCAGCACGCUCCAGAGAUCCCGCUGGAUUGGGCGACAGGGAGAUCUUUCUGCUGGCACCGCGGUGUGGCCCAGGGCAAGCACCAGUGCUGGGGAACCUUGAGCCCGGCACUGACCUGUGACUGUGGGAGGGAGGCCAGCACUUCCCAGGAAACAUUUGACCUUGUGCUGCUGAUUUGGAGGGAUGAGGACUGGCAGGAAUGGGGGAAGAGCGAUACAGGCUUGGUCUGUACCGGCAGGGCUCACCCGAUGUCUGUAUAUUUUUGUCUGAGCUAAUGAAGUCCGAGUAAGUUUUAGAGAAA